AUGAUCUUCGGACGCCUGCAGUGGGUUUCCCACAACGGCUUUCCCAUCUACUCUAUCGAUGUCCAUCCUGAGGGGAAGCGCUUUGCUACGGGAGGCGGAGAUCACAAGGUCAAGAUUUGGAAUUUCGACCUCGUGCUCAACGACGGACCGGAGGGGGCGGUCAAGUUGUUUGCGGCGAUGGAGGGCCAUGGAGGCCCCGUGAACUGCGUGCGCUUCUCGCCGGAUGGGCGCUUCCUCGCCACGGCCUCCGAUGACCACGUGGUGCUCGUGUGGGAGCUCCGCGGUGGACCCGCCACCCCCGUAUUUGGCUCCGAGGAGACCAACGUCGAGAACUGGGGACGCUCCGUCACUCUCUCCGGACACACCACGCAGGUGAACGACAUCAGCUGGUCCCCCGAUGGCCGGCGGCUGGUGACGUGCAGCCUGUCGAGCGAGGUGUUCGUGUGGGACAUCUUCGCCAAUGGCGGCCGCGGAGCUCUCGCGGCCAAGCUCGUGGGUCACACGGGGUUCGUAAAGGGCGUCGCGUGGGACCCGCUUAACCGCUUCAUCGCCACCGAGGCCGACGACAAGACGGUGAUCAUAUGGCGCGUGUCCGAUUGGGACAAGGAAGCCACCCUCGCGCGGCCCUACCGACAGUCCUCCUCCAACUGCUUCUUCCGCCGCAUCGGGUGGUCGCCCGACGGAUCCUUCCUCGCGACGGUCUACGGCUUCAACAACACCAGCCACGUGGCCCCGAUCCUGCUUCGGGGCACCUGGGGCAGCUCCUACUGCGACUUUGUAGGCCACAAAAAGCCCGUCGUGUGCGCCAAAUUCAAUCCCGUCCUCUUCGUCGACGCCGACUCCAAGAAGGGCAAGCGGUCCACGCUCUCCUACUGCGCCGUGGGCAGCCAAGAUUGCGGUCUGUCGGUGUGGAGCACGGAGACGACGAGGCCCAAGCUGGUGACCAAGAACAUCUUCAGCCAAAGCGUGCUGGACAUCGCGUGGGCACCCGACGGCUACACCCUCCUCUGCUGUUCCACCGAUGGCACCGCCGUCUCCCUCCACUUCGACCCCAAGGAGCUGGGCGAGGCGAUGUCGGCGCAGGAGAGGAGCGAGAUGCUGAAGAAGCUGGGUGCGCCCCCCGUGGACGUGCUGUCGGCACUUGCCGAGCACCCCCUGCAGCUGCAGCUCGAGAAGGAGGCGUCUGCUCUCCGCAAGCAGCGGGAGCAGCUCCCUGCUCCCUCUCCCGUCGUGGCCCCUCCCCUCCAGUCGGCCACCCCCAAGCGCAUCGCCCCCACCCUCGUCUCUGCUGCGGCGACCUCCUCCUCCACCGCCGCCGCCUCUGCCGCCGUCGCGACAACGACGACGGCCGCCACAGCUUCCGCGCCCGGCACGCCGGUAGCACAGCAAAUGGAGACGCGGCUGCCCACCGGUAAACGCCGGAUCACACCACAAUUCCUCGGGUCGACGUACGCCUCGCCGCGGCCCGUCACGCCCUUCACCCGCCGCCACCGAAACGAAAAGCAGGGCACCAAGAAGGGAGCGGCCAACGACAAGGACAAGGGCAAGGACAAGGCGGGCAAGAGCAGCAAACAGCAGCAGCAGCGGGACCAGGCGACCAAGGCGGACAAGCAGCAGCAGCAGCAGCAGCAGCACAGCAAACCCCGAGCAGGCCCCUCCGGACGACCUACCCCUGCCACGCCCGCCAGCGCCGGGCGAGCGUCCCUCGACGGACGCCUACCGCGCACCAAGUCGCUGUUGGGCGGCCCACUUGGGGCGAUCAUUCCGGUGCCCAUUUUGGUGCCCAAGAUAUCGCGUCACCUCCACCCGCCCACCUACGACUCAUCUUCACUCGCCUUCCUCGAAGUCGCCAUCACCACGGCGCGCGAAAACGUGUACACCUCUUGUGUGGCUCUCAAGGAGGGUGGGCGCACGGUAUGGGAGGACUACAUCGCCGGCCGAGUGACCGCCAUCGCCGGCAACGCCAAUUUCUCUGCCAUCGGGUGCGAGGACGAUCGGGUGCGGGUGCUGCUGGAGGGCAGCGCGUGCGUGGCGACGAUGAGCAACCAGCACGCGUUCGUGCUCCACAGUCAAAUGGGAGCGUGGAUGCGCGUCGCCGACAACUCCUUUUCGCGCUCGGCCUUCCACUCCCAGUUCCACCUCCCCGCCUCGCAAAAAGCCGAGACCCUCGCCCACCUCGAACACCAGAUUGCCGCUGCUCUCCUCCUGCAGUCGCGCCACGAAUAUCGGUAUUGGGUGCACACCUAUGCGGGCUACCUCGCCACGGAGGCACUACUCACCCGGCUCGAGGAACUCUGCGCCUCUCUCCUUGGCCCUCCCUCACGGUCGUCCACCGAGGUGGGUCCGUGCAGCCCCUCCGGAGAGGCCAUCUGGGAGCCGACGGUGCUGGGCCUGAACAAGCGGCAGCUGCUGCGGGAGGUGCUGCCCAUCGUGGCGCAGAACCGCGCGUGCCAGCGGCUCACGGUGCAGUACCAGGAGUACCUGCGGAUCAUCUCCCAACGCGAAGCCACCACCACCACGACCACGGGCAGCGCCUCGGCUGCCAGCCCCGCCGCAGCCGCCACCACCAGCAGCAGCAGCACCACCAUGAUGGACGUCGACCUUCCGCCCCUCACGCCCCCGCGGCCGACCGCCGCCGCCGCCGCCACCACCUCGUCAUCAGCUGACGAGGGAGAGGCCGACGCAUCUGCGCCGUAG